AACAGUGAAACAAAUUCUGGAAAAAAACACACACACACAGAGAGAGAGAGAUAGAUACAUACGGAGUAUAAUUCUAGAGAGAUUGAGAGAGAGAGAGAGAGGGGUGAUGGAGCCGUUGGUGAGGGGAUUCCCUCUGCUAGCCCAGCAAUUCAAAUCCCUGUUCAGGAAGAACCUCAUCCUCUCAUGGCGGAGCAAGCGGUCCACCUCCCUCCAGCUCUUCUCCUCGGCCUUCUUCAUCUUCCUCAUCUUCUGCAUCCAGAAGGCCCUCGACGCCCGCUUCAACACCACCACCGCCUUCGAGAACGUCUUCGACCCCGUGGCCCUCGUCUCCCCGCCGAUCCCGCCGUGCGAGGAAAAGUUCUACACCAGGCUCCCCUGCUUCGACUUCGUCUGGAGCGGCAAUGCUAGCUCCAGGAUCGCGUCGAUCGUCAGCUCGAUCAUGGCGAAUAAUCCUGGUCGCCCUAUUCCUUCUGACAAGGUUAUGUCAUUUGGAACUACAAGUGAAGUGGAUGACUGGCUUUUCAGCAAUCCUAUGACUUGCCCUGGAGCUCUCCAUUUCUCAGAGAAAAAUGCGACGGUAAUAACUUACGGUGUACAGACUAAUUCUACUGCUGUUGGAAAACUAGGGCACUUUGAAGAUCCCACAUUCAAAUUCCAAAUUCCUCUACAAAUUGCGGCAGAGCGUGAAAUAGCAAGGUCCUUGAUUGAAGAUCCAAACUUCAGCUGGGUUGUCAAUCUGAAGGAAUUCGCACACCCUGCAGUGGCGACUUUCUCUGCUGUGGCUACAGUAGGACCAACCUUUUUCCUUGCAAUUGCCAUGUUUGGCUUUGUCUUUCAGAUUAGUUCGUUGAUCACAGAGAAAGAACUCAAACUUCGCCAGGCGAUGACAAUGAUGGGUCUUUAUGAUACCGCCUAUUGGUUCUCGUGGCUCAUGUGGGAAGGAAUUAUCACUCUCAUCUCAUCGCUUCUCACAGUUCUCUUCGGGAUGAUGUUUCAAUUUGAUUUUUUCUUGCACAACAACUUUGGAGUUGUGUUUCUUUUUUUCUUUAUAUUCCAACUGAAUAUGAUCGGUUUCGCCUUCAUGCUUUCGGCCUUCAUUACCCAGUCAUCUUCAUCAACAACUGUGGGUUUCUCUGUAUUUAUUAUCAGCUUUCUAAGUCAGAUUAUUACACAAUUUGGAUUUCCCUACAGUACUGACUACUCUAGUACCUACCGAGCCAUCUGGUCUGUGUUUCCGCCAAACCUUCUCGCUGAAGGUCUGACAUUGCUUUCUGGUGCAACGGCCACUUCCCUAGAUCCUGGAAUCAGUUGGCGCAGAAGAGGGAAAUGUGCUCCAAACGAUACAGAGUGCGUGAUCACAAUUAAUGAUAUCUAUAUAUGGCUCAUAUCAACAUUCCUUGUGUGGUUUGUUUUGGCAAUCUACUUCGACAAUAUUAUCCCAAACUCUUCUGGUGUAAGAAAAUCAGUGUUCUACUUCUUAAACCCUGGAUAUUGGACAGGGAAAGGUGGAAAGGUGGCAGAGGGUGGCAUAUGUAGUUGCACAAGAUCGGUUCCCCCGCCGGAAGAUGUCACUCCGGAUGAUGAGGACGUACAUGAAGAAGAAAACACUGUUAAACAAGCAGCAAGUGAAGGUGAAGUCGAUACAAAUAUUGCUGUUCAAAUACGUGGUCUUGUGAAGAUGUAUCCCGGUACGACAAAGAUUGGUUGUUGCAAAUGUGAAAAGACCUCGCAUUAUCAUGCUCUCAAGGGCUUAUGGGUGAACGUUGCAAAAGAUCACCUAUUCUGUCUCCUUGGGCCCAAUGGAGCUGGAAAAACUACUGCAAUUAACUGUUUGACAGGAAUUACACCAGUGACAGCUGGAGAUGCAUUAAUAUACGGAUGUUCUGUUAGAAGCUCCGUUGGCAUGUCAAAUAUUCGAAGAAUGAUAGGAGUUUGUCCCCAGUUUGAUAUUCUUUGGGAUGCUUUGUCUGGUCAAGACCACCUCCACCUCUUUGCCAGCAUCAAAGGCCUUCCCCCAGCUUCAAUUAAAUCGGUUGCACAGAAAUCAUUAGCUGAGGUAAUGCUCACGGAGGCAGCCAAAAUUAGAGCUGGUAGUUACAGCGGAGGAAUGAAACGACGGCUUAGUGUUGCAAUAGCCCUUAUUGGUGAUCCAAAGUUAGUCAUAUUGGAUGAGCCGACUACUGGUAUGGAUCCAAUAACUCGGAGGCAUGUUUGGGACAUAAUUGAGGACGCAAAGAAAGGACGUGCCAUUAUAUUAACUACCCAUUCAAUGGAAGAAGCUGACAUUUUAAGUGACCGCAUAGGGAUCAUGGCAAAGGGUAGGCUUCGCUGCAUUGGAACCUCUAUCAGGUUGAAGUCAAAGUUUGGAACUGGUUUUGUCGCCAAUAUAAGCUUCUCUGGAGCCGCAAAUGAAACUCCUGUCGGAGGGGGUGAUGAGAUUGUUGUGAAUCACGAGCCAGUGAAACAGUUUUUUAAAGAUCAUUUGAAUGUCGUACCCAAAGAGGAGAACAAGUCAUUCCUGACAUAUGUUAUUCCCCAUGACAGGGAGGGACUACUGAUGAACUUCUUCGCGGAGCUCCAAGACAGAGAAAAAGAAUUUGGCAUAGCCGAUAUCCAACUUGGUCUUACAACUCUCGAAGAAGUUUUUCUUAAUAUAGCAAGGCAAGCAGAGCUGGAAAGUUCUGCAUCAGGGAGCUUAGCGACUCUCACUUUGACUUCAGGGACCGCAGUUCAGAUACCCGUGGGAGCAAGGUUCAUAGCAAUUCCAGGAACUGAGUCUGCAGAGAACGCAAAAGGUGUUAUGGUGGAAGUAUACUGGGACCAAGAUGAUUCCGGUGCCCUCUGCAUUUCUGGCCACUCACCUGAAACUCCGGUACCACCUCAUGUUCAACUAACGGCUCCUUCAACCGCCACUUCUCGUAGAAGUAUCUUAAGACGACCUGGACCAACUUUAGGAAUCGUGAUUGACCCUAAUCAAAUUGGUACAGAGACUUUUGGAUGAUAUCUCAUUGUUUGUUUCCAAUAUCACAGAGGUACAUACAGGUUUUGAACAUUGUAACAUUGUUGGACAUUCAUUAUAUAGUGGCUCUCUCAUUCUUGUAGUGUGAAAGGACCGAAGGUAUACAGAUUUUGGCUUCAGCAAUAGAGUUGUAUUGAUUUAUUGUCA